AUUCAGAGGGCAGAGACCUGCAAUGUGCUUAAGCACUGGUCCUGGAGUCUUCCUGUAUGGAGGGGGCACUGCCAUGUUCCCUUCUUUGGGAUUCGGUGCCAAUAGCGUGAUUGCCAGACACGAACCUCCUCAAAAGCCACCUUACAGUUACAUUGCUCUGAUCGCCAUGGCCAUCAAAAGCGCCCAUGAGCAGAAAGUCACACUCAAUGGGAUUUACCAAUACAUCAUGGAGCGCUUCCCAUUUUACCAUGACAACAAGCAGGGUUGGCAGAACUCGAUCAGGCACAACCUCUCCCUCAACGACUGCUUUGUCAAAGUUUCCCGGGAAAAGGGGAAACCUGGCAAAGGCAGUUACUGGACGCUGGACCCAAGGUGCGUGGACAUGUUCGAGAAUGGCAACUACCGCCGGAGGAAACGCAGGGGCAAAGGCCCUGGACCACAGGACCUGAGGGAAGCCAAGAGGAACAGCAGGAUGGACAGUCACCAGAAGGGCGCCAGUGGCCACUUGGCGGGCAAUCCAUCUCCCAAAGCCGAGGCUGACCUGGGCUUGAAACCACCACCCAACUCACCCGACUCAGGGGGUUUGUCAAGGGCAGGGAUUCCGCCAGACAACGUCGACAGAGCGGGGAGGAGAAGAGGAGGCGACGAGGAGAAUCUAGGAGGCUACCAGCCUGUGGUUGUCCCAUCAGGAGCUGAGGGCAAAAGUGACCAGACCUUGAGGGGUGGUGAUCUAGCGUUUCUCUGUCCACCUACAGUUGGGUCCAAUGCCAAGGCUGUGACCCUUCCUCCAGCCCAAUGUGCUGUGUGGUCCAGCCCCCCUCCCUCAGGACGAUCUCUCGUUGUGCCCACCCCUCUUGCAAUGGUCGCCUCAGCCGAAUCCGAAUUCCAGGCCGACCCCAACCCUGACCGAGGAGCAUCCAAUUGCCCUUCCACCGAGGUCAGCGAAGGUGGGACGGUCCCACCAACACCGGGAGCGGUUGCCCGAGGCGAGGCAGCGUCCAAUGGCUCCCCCUCACCUCGCAUCACCGGCUCGGGAUCAGGGACUGAAGGAAGCCAGACUCUGCCAUCGGAGCAGAGCAGCCAGAGCCAGAGCCAGAGCGGGAGGGGGAAAGCAGAGAGCAAUCACAACUCACACCCGGAGCGAUUCAGGAGCUUUAGCAUAGAGAGCAUUCUCUCCAAGUCAAGCCACAGCGCCCAGGAUGACAAACCCACCGAGCACUCAACGCCAACGUUGCAUUUAGAAGGUCUACCCAAUAGAUGUUUUGGCAAUUCCCUUUUGGCCACCUCAAAGGUCUGCACAGCUUUCAAUACCUCCUUGACGUUUGAUACGCAUCAGAUACCUGGUAAAUAUUAUCACGUCGGGUUCCCAUUUUAUUCCUACAUCCCAUUCGCCUGUUCUGAAGCUUGUUUUAAUUUGAAGUAGAGUUCAGACGACACGACCCACAUCUACACACACACACACAC